UAGUCUUACUUUAGUUUGUGCAGGAGCUAUUGAUUUUGUUUGGUUUGUUUGGUAUUUUGAUGUGGUUGUUCUUUUUUUUCACCUGCUGCCUAGCAGUGCGGCAGGAUGAGGAUGGCGACAUGCUUAGACUUAUUAAGAAGAGGGUAAAAAAAUAUAGUCUAGAACAACUGACCAUAGAAUUGGAGGCUCUAGAUGUUCCGCUCAACAACAGAGAUAAUGAAAGUAAAAGCAGGAGUAAGGUCAAAAAGGAGCUACAAAAGCUCCUCAUUACAGAGGAAUUGUUGAGAGCUACGUAUGCUGGACCAGAGAUAGUUGAGGAGAAAAGACAAAGACCACCCCUGCCUUUCCCAAUUCCAGAUGACACACUGAAUGUGUUGAAGGAGCUGGAUGCGUUAGACUCAAAAAAUAACGUCCUGGACAGCACUCUGAAUUAUGACACUGUUAAGACCAAGAACCCCCAGAGCUAUGUGAGAGUGGAGGCAGAGACUGAACAUAAUGAGAACGGGACUAUGAAGAACAUCCUCGUGAAGGUCCUGGAACCUCCUCAGGGACUGAACUUGGGGUGUGCUGACCAUGCAAAUAAAGUGGUGGUGGACAAAAUGGCAAAGGACGAUGUGGAUAACAUCAGGAAGAUAUCAAAGGAACUAGGCACAGGAGAGGGAAAACAACUGUCACAACUCAAAAUGGCUGACGAAAGGGCACACCCAGAAGGUUUGCAAGCAGAUGGAGAAAAGAAAACCUCAUCAGACCGGACAUAGGAAAGAGGGAGAAAAAGGACAGGAAGGCCUUUCACAGUCUUGUGAUUGCUGGUACAUUUUUGUGGAAAGCUGUUCACAAAAACAGUUCAAUAAAAACUUUGAUUCACUUCAAAA